AUGGGUGUGAUGACUUCCAAAACUAUUGAGCGAUACCAACGAUGCUCAUUUAAUCCACAACAAGAUGACCACCAAAUCGAUUGUGAAACACAGAGUUGGUACCAAGAGGUGUCUAAGCUGAAGGUUAAGUAUGAGGCUCUUCAAAAGACUCAGAGGCAGUUGCUUGGGGAAGAUCUUGGACCUUUGAACAUAAAGGAGCUGCAUAAUCUUGAGAAACAACUUGAAGGUGCUUUAGCACAAGCUAGGCAAAGAAAGACACAAAUUAUGGUUGAACAGAUGGAAGAGCUUCGCAAAAGGGAAUGCCAUUUAGGAGACAUGAACAAACAACUAAGACUCAAGCUUGAAAGCGAGGGAUUUAAUCUUAAAGCUAUGGGAAGCUUGUGGAGUUCUAAUUCAAUUGCUGGAAAUAGCAACUUUACCUUUCAGCCACCUCAAACCAACCCUAUGACUAUGAAUAUGGAUAUUCAAGCAGAACCCUUUUUGCAAAUAGGAUACCAACAGUAUGUUCAAGCUGAGGCAUCUAAUGUUUCAAAGAGCAUGGCUUGUGAGACUAACUUCAUGCAUGGAUGGAUCCUUUGAUAAAUUGAAUUAAUCAAGUAUAAGAUUUACCUACUGUUUAUAUGCCUUUAAGAUUUAUGUUUUGGCAAUAAUUAUUAUCAACACAAGAUUGUAUCUUUGUGGAAUGGCAAACUGCAGACUCCUAUAGUAUAUUUUUGUAAUUGGAU